AUGCCUCUUCGUCUGGAUGUACGUAAGAAACUUUCGUCUCGUUCUGAUCGCGUAAAAGCGAUUGACUUACAUCCGACAGAGCCUUGGGUUUGCGCAUCUCUGUACAACGGGAACGUCCACGUUUGGAAUAUCGAAUCCCAGCAACUUAUUAAGACGUUUGAAGUAUGCAUAGUUCCAGUACGUGCCGUUCGAUUUGUUGCACGCAAGAACUGGAUUGUCACGGGAUCGGACAAUAUGCUCCUGAAUAUCUUUAACUAUAAUACUCUGGAACGUGUGCAUCAAUUUGAGGCACAUUCUGAUUAUAUUCGGUCAAUUGUCGUGCAUCCAACCCAGCCAUUCAUUCUCACUAGCUCAGAUGACAUGGCUAUCCGACUGUGGGAUUGGGAGAAAAACUGGACUUGCGCUCAGGUCUUUGAGGGUCAUACGCAUUACGUGAUGCAGCUGGUCAUUAACCCCAAGGACAACAAUACAUUUGCAAGCGCUUCUUUGGACAAGACAAUCAAAGUCUGGUCUCUUGGCUCGCCUCAACCUAAUUUUACCCUUGAAGGUCAUGAAAAAGGUGUCAAUUGUGUUGACUAUCACCCGAGCGCCGAUAAACCCUACCUUGCUAGCGGGUCGGAUGACACUACAGUGAGAAUUUGGGACUAUCAGACUAAACUUUGUGUCCAAGUUCUCGAGGGACACAUCCAAAAUGUUAGCUCCUUGGCAUUCCAUCCCGAGUUGCCUGUGAUCCUGACCGGUUCGGAAGACGGUACAGUCCGCCUGUGGCAUUCCAACACCUACCGCCUGGAGUCCACGCUAAACUAUGGUCUGGAGCGCGUUUGGACGGUGGCCUGUCACAAGGGAAGCCAACAAGUUGGCAUAGGCUACGACGAGGGUACGAUUGUCAUCUCUCUGGGUCGCGAGGAUCCCGCCAUGUCGAUGGAUUCCUCUGGGAAAUUGGUCUGCGCUCGACACGCCGAACUGGUCCAGGCCAACAUCCGUUCGGUGCUCGCGAAUCUCAACGUAGCUGCUGACUCGAGUGCUGCGGAGAACUUCGAGGCAAGUUCAUUUAUGGCGUUUGCUUGUGGUGUCAAUACUGAUUGGUUUGCUACAGUCAUCGACGGAGCUCGCCUGCCCGUUGUCUACAAGGACAUGGGCGCUUGCGAGAUCUAUCCCCAGACCCUGGCACACAACGCAAACGGUCGAUUUGUCGCUGUUUGUGGCGACGGUGAGUACAUAGUCUACACUGCAAUGGCCCUGCGUAAUCGGAUGUUCGGUCAGGCCCUGGAAUUUGCCUGGUCUCUCUCCGACCCCAACAUGCAAGUUGGCGGUGGCACUUCACAGUUCGCGUCUGUGGUAUUCUCGUUCCUAACUUCAAAAUUUCCACGUUCUCCCCGUCAGAUUUUCAAAAAUUUCAAAGAAAUGAAGUCAUUCACCAUGGACUUUGGAGCGGAUCAGAUUUUUGGUGGCCACUUACUGGGAAUUCGCUCCGUCGCCGGCUUCACGUUCUACGACUGGCAGACGGGCAAUCUGCUGCGUCGAAUCGACGUCCACCCCAAGUCCGUCUACUGGGCGGAAAGCGGCCAUCUGGUGGCCAUCUGCACCAAGGAAUGCUUCUACAUCCUCCGCUACCGGCCCGAGUUCAUCGCCGAGGCUGAGGCGAACGGCACGUUGAACGCCGACCCCGACGGCGUCGAAGCCGCGUUCGAGCUAAUUCAAGACGGCGAGGUGAAGGAGGUGGUGAAGACAGGUUGUUGGUUUGGCGACGCCUUCCUUUUCACCAAUUCCACUAACCGGCUGCUGUACUACGUGGGUGGUGAAUUAGUCACGGUGGCUCAUUUGGACCAACAAAUGUACCUUCUCGGUUACCUGGCCAGCGAAAAUCGCGUCUUCUUGGCUGAUCGCGACCUCAAGGUAAUCAGUUACACACUGCUGCUCUCUGUUCUCGAAUACGAGACUGCAGUCCUUCGUGGGGACUUCACAGCAGCCGACUCCAUCCUCCCCAGCAUUCCCGCCUCGUAUCGCACCAAAAUCGCUCGUUUCCUCGAACACCAGGGAUUCCGGCAGCAGGCCAUGCGUGUGACGACCGAUCCCGAUCACAAAUUCGACCUCGCCAUCCAACUGGGUGACGUGACAACCGCCCACGACUUGAUCAAGGACGACGACGACGUGGAAGGGAAUGAGGCGAAGUGGAAGCAGAUCGCUGAUGUCGCUCUGAAGGAGUGCAACUUCGCGUUAGCUCAGGAGUGCUUCGCAAAGACCCGCGAUUACCCAAGCUUCCUUGUAAUUGCGUCUAGCCGUGGCGACGACAAAAUGGUUGAGCAGCUUGCCGAGGAAACCGUCAAAGAUGGCAUCGAUAAUCUCUGCUUCCUCUCUCGUUUCAUCCUUGGCGAUCUGGAGGGUUGCUAUAGCCUCCUCGUCAAGUCAGCUCUCUACCCUGAAGCGGCUCUCUUUGCUCGAACAUACCUGCCCAGCAAGGUACCAGAGGCGGUUGAGAUGUGGAAGAAGUGGCUUGUGACCGAGCACAAGUCUCCCAAGGCCGCUGAGGCGUUGGCUAACCCCGCGGAAUACGCAAACCUCUUCCCCGGAUGGAAGGAGUCGCUGGAAGCGGAGCGUUGGUUGGUGCACGACAGGCAGGUGCGUCGUAACCUUCCAGCGUCUGUGUAUCCCCAGCAGACGCCAGUUUGGGAACGUGACGUCGCCCAGGAAAUGUUGUCUUCCGGUGGAGCUGCACCGGACCCUCGACCCCCAGUAGACAGUAUUCUCUUUGGUGACAGUGAGUACGAAGAACCAGCAAAACCACCCGCAGAUCCUGUAGCCGAUCUCUUGAAGGUGUCGACACAAAUGCAAAAUCAGGCGCCGCACAAGGUUGCAGUGGAGGAGGCGGAGGAGGAGGGGGUGGAAGAUGAGGACGACGAGGAAGUGUCCUUCCACGAUCUGGGCGAAAGCGACCCGAAACCGUUUAAGUGCAAGCUACCUACUCCACCGCCGUCGUCGAUGGAACAGGCGUUUGAUCCGUUUUCACAGCUUGCCGACUUCGAAACACCGCCCCCGGUUCAACACACCACGUCCGGUGUUCUUCACGCUGCUCCACCUCCCGCACCUUCGAUGGACGACUUCGACGCCGAGCUGGAACAGCAGCUGGCUGCGUUCAAUAUCGGCGUGGAGUCUUUCGGAGCGUCUGGUGUCGCACCGUCGGCACCACCGCCACCCACCCAGAAGAGCGGUGCCGUUAUCGAUGAUGACUGGGGAGACGAGGACGAUGAUUUUGACAAAUAA